AUGAAACCGCUGCACCGUGAAUACGACGUUCCUGCAAAAAUCGUGGCAGCAAACGAACUCAGCACAACGCUCAAGGAUGUAUUUGAUUUGGCCGUCUUCUCCCAAUUGUUGGAGAUGGAUGAGGAAGAAGAUCGAAAGAUUAGCUCAACAUCACUUUAUGGCUUCAUUGAAAGUGGCGAGGAGAAGGUGGAUACUAUGGAUCACGCCCUUUCUCAGUAUGAGGCAAUCUAG